GCUGCGACGCGUGAUUGCCACGUCACCUUUAAGAGACUCGUGUGUUUGUUUUGUUGGAGCUACCCUAGCUGACACUUCUUAUGUUUGUCGUUAAUUUCGUUGCAUUUAGCUAACACUGAUGACAGGUAAAAUGCUGACGGUGGAGGAUUUUACGCACUUUCCGCUCCAGAUGUGGGAGAAGGUGCUGUCGAAGGUAAAGAAAGCUGUUGUUUUUAUGGAUGACAAGUGUGCAGAGGCUCUCCACUGGAGCGGAGGUGCUGCCAUGUUAUUGGAGGCUGGAGCCAGAAAUUUAAAGGAGUUUUCAAGCUUCGAAGCCUGUGGUGUGAAUGAACCGAAAGCCGUAUUUGUGGUGAGCACUUUGUUGAAGGGCAGAACAAUUAACAUCAUUAAAGACAUCAUAUCCCUAAGUCACUUCCAGUAUUGUGUUGUCUUCACCACCGUUGCUCACUCCGUGCACCUGCUCGCCAACAAUGUCACCACAGAAAUGGAAGGGAACCCUGUAUUUGAGCAGUUUGAAGAAAAGCUGUGCGACUGGAUGGGAAACAUGAACUACACGGCUGAAGUCCUGCAUGUUCCAGUGGUGUUUGCCCCUGUAUCACAGCAGCUACUCCUCACACCCAUGUUUGCUCACCUGUUUCCCCUGCUCUCACCUGAUCUGGAGUCAAUAAAUGCAAAACGACGAGAGAAGAAGAGAUUUGGAAGCCUGGCCGACAUAGACAUGCAUUCUCUCCCUGUUGAACUGCAGCUUGAAAUCAAAUCCUUGACUUCAGCAUUAAAUUCAGUGUUUGAAGCUACAGGCACCAGGGAGGAGAGUUUUGCUGUUGGUCCCAUGAGCCGCAUCAUAGCAGGGGAACUGGCCAGUCACCCUCAAGCAAAAAACCGAAGGAAAACAGCCCCUAAUAAAGCAUCAAUCAUUUUUGUGGACCGAACAAUGGAUCUUACAGGAGCUGUUGGUCACCAUGGCGACAACCUGGUGGAGAAGAUUCUGACUGUGCUCCAACCCUUACCUGGUCAUGUGACAGACGUACAGGUGGACAUGCUGGAGCUCACAAGUCUGCAGCGAACCCCUCACUCCCAGACCACCCUGGCCCCCGGCUGUCUCGCACAAACCCAGUCACCUGCAGCACAGUCACUAUGGGACGCCAUGCUGACCAAUAAACAUAAAGAGGGGGUGAUGGAGGUCCGUCGGCAACUGGUGGAAACAGCCAGCAAGGAGAAGCUGCCAAUCAAGAUGAGCAUGGGCCGUGUGACCCCUGAGCAGCUGUGCUCCUACAUGCAGCUGUUCCGGAGCAGUUGGGGGGCGCUAGAGAGUCACUGCGGGGUGCUCCAGCUGGGCCUGGCCACGGCCCAGACACUCCGCCACCCCAGCCUGCCCCGCUGGGAUGCCUGCCUGGCCUUCGAGAGGCUGCUGCUGCAGGCUCUCGGAGACUCUGACUUCCCUGCUGUGCUGAGGCAGCUUCUGCCCUUGAUGAAGCCCCGUGGAGGCGGGGACAGCACGGCCUCGAGGUCGAGGUCCAAGGAGGAUGAAUGCGGGCCUGAUGAGCUGAUCCUCCUGCUGGUUUACCUGUACUCCCUGGCUGACGAGGCGCAGCCCGCAGACCAGGAUAAUGAGGAGGAGCUGGAGAAGCUUGAGAGGGAGCUGAUAGGAGUGCUCACCCUGGUCAUCACCCAAGAGACCGAACUCAGCCCCUUGCUCCAGAAACUAACUGGUUGUGCAAACCCCAAGGACCUGACCACAGAGCGAGCCCAUUCUGCUGUGGAGGAGAUGUUCGAGACCCUCCGAGGUUUGAGCCGCAGCAGAGACCACCUGAAGCAGCUGCGCUCCGUCUACACUGCCAGCGAUGGAGUUCACCAGGCGACCUAUCGUCCUUUCCUGCGGCAGAUCCUGGAGGAAGUCUUCCACCCUGACAGACUUGAAUGUCCCGACAUCGAGCACAUGUCUGGAGGCCUCACAGACCUGCUCAAGACCGGCUUCAGCAUGUUCAUGAAGGUGAGUCGUCCACAUCCCAGCGACAACCCUCUGCUCUUCCUCUUCCUGGUUGGUGGAGUCACGCCCUCAGAGCUUCGUCUCAUCAAAGAGAUUGUUACCACACAUAAACCAGGGACCCAGGUGCUGGUUUUGUCCACCAGAUUACUGAGGCCAACGGAUAUCGCCGAGCUGCUCUUCACCACCCAAAGGCUGCUGCCUGAUAUCGGUGUCUAAAAGGCUGUCACGUGGAAACGCACGCAUGCACACGUGGACGGACACAUGCGCCGCCACUGUCUCAACACCUCGUCAGGUGUGAGUCGAGCUUGAGUUAAUGAUAUUCACUGUUAAAAGCUGCAAGUGAUAUAAAAGUAGGUAUUGGGUUUAUUUUUCUUGGAGACAGUAAAGAAAAUGUACAUUUCUGUGUGUCAGUAUCGCUCUUCUGUACUCUGUGCUUGCAUCGAAUGUUAAUACAAUAAAAUCAGUUAUUUUCCAAACACA